GCUACGAUAUGAACUUCCCAAAUUUCUUGCAGAACUCUGAUACGAAGCCUAUGACAUGCAAAGUGGGCGCAGCGCUGGUGGCGCUUCUCGUGGCUGCCUCAGCUGAACAGCAUCUCCAAUCAGAACUCGCGACGUGCAAAGCCGCCAAAGGCUGAGAACACAGCCUUGAUAUACAGCCUCAGUGCGUGAAGUAUAAAUCUAGCCUGCUUCUCGUCACCUGGAAUGCGCUUUUUCUGCUUCGCUGUUCAAAAUGAACACCUCCAGCGUGGUUGGCUGGACUCCUGAACCCCAAAUUCGAGGCACCGUUGGUCUGCUCUGGGGCUGCCUCGCGACUAUCUUCUUGUGCACGUGGAAUGCCGUGCAUGUGAAUCUUCCCGGUAGGAACGAAACCGCGUGGCACGUCUUUUGGCGCCGCGUGGUUUACAUGUUCAAUGCGCUCAUGGCACCCGAGUUGGUCUGCGUACUCGCGCUCGGGGACCACUGGCACGCAAGAGCCGUGCAAGCUAAAUCUCCGGGCUGGUCGCUCGCGCAAUCCUUCUUCCUGAUCAUGGGCGGUUUCGUAGUCCAGCACGGCGACGAGACACUGUGCCUGUGCCAUGAGGAUAUGCUGGAGCUCUUCACCACCAACACGCUCCGCUGGCCCGAAGCAUCCCUGGAACCUCAGAUUCGCGACCGAAGUAAAUCGGAUGGGGCGGUGAAGGCGCUGGCGCUGCUGCAGGCGACGUGGUUCGUGGCGCAGGUCGUUGGCCGCGCCGCCCAGGGCCUGCCAACUACAACACUGGAGCUAUUCACACUGGGCAUGAUUUCGUGCACGCUAUGCACGUAUAUAGCGUGGUGGGAUAAACCGUUUGAUGUGCGCGAGCCGGUGAUUUUGGAGCUUUCGAAGGAGUCAGUGAUACCGGGCCGGAUGAAGAGUUGCGGGAGGAUUGACCUCAUGUAUGAGCAGGGCAAUUUCCGUGCCAGUUCGCGUACUGGCAUGAGCAUAACGGUCGGUAUCACACUCUUGUUUGGGGCUUUGCAUCUUGUAGGGUGGGGAUUCUUUUUUCCGACCGAGAUGGAGAGGUGGCUAUGGAGAGGGUCCAGUGUCGCCUGCACCAUAAUGCCUCUGCUGAUGCUCUCCCUGAACUACAAAGAGUGGUGGGAUCGCUGUGGGGAGUUUGUUGAAGAAUGGUUGAUGACGGUGAUGGUAUGGCUAUAUGUGGUUUGCAGGGUGUACAUGCUGGUUGAGAUGUUUCUCAGUUUGAGAGCCGUACCAGCUGAUGUUUACAGGACGCCGCAGUGGUCUCAGUAUCUCCCUUCAUUUGGCUGAGUCACCUAUAAGAGAAAUGAUUGUGUUUUGUUUAUUGUCAAUUAUUCAGAAGUGGCACCGCCACUAUGUCCAUUAGCAAUAUGUGUACCUAACCUGACCAUGGAACAGCCUCCACGGUGCAGGCGCAUCCCAUGGUACUGACAAGUAAGUGACUUCGCGCUGGCUCCAUAAGUGGUCACUGUUUACGUCAACGAUAGCUGACGUGAGUGUAGCUAUCCCAAGACCUUUCC